ACGUCACGUGGUGCAGGUCGGACUGGAUUCUCUGCAGUCUACAUCAGCAAAGUGUCUUGGCAUCACUUCUCGUCCUUCCUCCACUGUCCAUUCCAGCGUCAUGUGAAGGGGGCUCACAGUGGUUUCUCUCCCCCUAGCCCGGACCCACCUCCGUCAAGCUCAUUCGUCAGAGGCGACCGCCAGCCUCAGCAGACCCGGUAGGAGCGUGUGCCCGCCGCUGUCCCCGGUUUAUCUGCACCCCUCGGCGUGCGGCGGAGCGGAGGAUGAGCGAACAGGGGAAGGGCUCGGCAUCCACCUCUGCCGCGGCCCCAGCACCAGGGUCGGAUACUUACAAAGGCUGGCUUUUUAAAUGGACCAACUACUUGAAAGGGUAUCAGCGGCGAUGGUUUGUCCUCAGCAACGGCCUGCUGUCAUAUUACAGGACACAAGCAGAGAUGGCCCACACAUGUCGUGGAACAAUCAACUUGGCCACGGCACACAUAGACACAGAGGAUGCCUGCAAUAUUGUCCUGAGCAGUGGUGGACGCACCUACCACCUGAAGGCUAGCACAGAAGUGGAGCGUCAGAGAUGGGUCACAGCACUGGAGUUGGCCAAAGCUAAAGCCAUCCGCAUGAUGAAUGAUCAGUCUGAUGACUCCGGGGAUGAGGAGCCGGCGUCCCAGUCAGACCGCAGCGAGAUCCAGGGCACCCUGAAGACGCUGGUCAGCAAGCUCGAUGACCUCAGCACGUGUAAUGACCUGAUCGCCAAGCAUGGGGCAGCCCUGCAGCGGUCACUAAGUGAACUGGAGGGUUUGAGAGUCCCCGUGGAGGGAGGGGAGAAGAUCAAGGCAGUCAACGAGCGAGCCACACUCUUCCGCAUCACCUCGAAUGCUAUGAUCAAUGCGUGUCGAGACUUCCUGGACCUAGCAGAGACCCACAGUCGGAGAUGGCAGCGGGCGCUGCAGUAUGAGCGGGAGCAGCGCACCCACCUGGAGGAGACAAUUGAGCAGCUAGCCAAGCAGCAUAACAGCCUGGAGAGAGCGUGGAGAGAAGCGCCUGUGCUCUCUGCCAGCACACCCAGCGCCCCCACCGCCAACAAGGAAGGGAGUGAAAGACCACUCAAAGAGGAGGCGAGUGAUGAAGAUGAAGAUACUGAGUACUUUGAUGCCAUGGAGGACUCCCCUGCUUUUAUCACAGUGACUGCCACUGAGAAUACACAGCACAGGCGUUCUCAAAGUAAUUUGAGUGGAGCGAGCGGAGGCCAGCCCAGUGACUGGAACCAGGAUGACAAUGUGUCACCGAGCUGUAAUGAUUUGUCAGGGAAGGAGCUGCAGCCCCGCAGACAGCGGCGGACUCACAUCCCAGACAAGCCCAACUACUCCCUCAACUUGUGGAGCAUCAUGAAGAACUGUAUCGGCAAGGAGCUCUCAAAAAUCCCCAUGCCUGUAAACUUCAAUGAACCUCUGUCAAUGCUGCAACGUCUCACAGAGGACCUGGAGUAUCACGAGCUCCUGGACAAGGCAGCGCGCUGUGACUCCUCCCUGGAGCAGAUGUGCCUGGUAGCUGCCUUCUCUGUCUCCUCUUACUCUACCACAGUCUACCGGACAGCCAAGCCCUUCAACCCCCUGCUGGGCGAGACCUACGAACUGGAUCGCCUGGAGGAGUUUGGCUACCGCUCACUGUGUGAGCAGGUGAGCCAUCACCCCCCUGCAGCUGCACAUCAUGUGAUUUCCCAGCGAGGCUGGACCCUCUGGCAGGAAAUCACCAUCGCCAGCAAGUUCCGUGGCAAAUACCUCUCCAUAAUGCCUCUGGGUGCCAUUCACCUGCAGUUCCACUCCAGUGGGAACCACUACGUGUGGAGGAAGGUCACUUCCACAGUGCACAACAUCAUUGUGGGCAAGUUGUGGAUUGACCAGUCGGGGGAAAUUGAGAUUGUGAAUCACAGGACCAAGGAUACCUGCCAACUCAAGUUCUCUCCCUACAGUUAUUUCUCCAGGGAAGUUCCACGCAAGGUGACAGGUGUGGUGGCAGAUAGUGGGGGUCAGGCCCACUAUAUACUGUCCGGCACAUGGGAUGAUAAAAUAGAGAGUGCCAAGAUCAUUCAGAGCAGCCGUGGGGGCAGCGGAUCAGAGGGCAAGCAGAAGACUGUCUACCAGACCUUGUCCCCCAAACUGCUGUGGAAGAAAUAUCCUCUCCCAGAGAACGCUGAGAACAUGUACUACUUCUCGGCACUGGCACUGACCCUGAACGAACAGGAGGACGGAGUGGGACUGACUGACAGCCGUCUGAGACCAGACCAGAGGCUGAUGGAGGCAGGGCGGUGGGACGAGGCAAACACUGAGAAACAGAGGCUAGAGGAGAAACAAAGAGCCGUGAGGAGGAGGAGGGAAGCAGAGGCCACGGACGCUCUGGAUGAAGAGUGUGAUUUUGACUCUGGUAGAGAAUAUGAAGGCUACCAGCCAUUGUGGUUUCACCAGAGGAGGAACUCAAUCACUGGAGAGACAAAUUUUGUGUAUAAGGGAGGUUACUGGGAGUCCAAGGAGAGACAGGACUGGAGCAUGUGUCCUGAGAUCUUCUAAUCCAGGAUCUUACCCUGGACCACGCCUAACCUCAAUGAACUCACCCCAGGCAGGGAACUGCUCUGCCUCUUGCCCUUAAGCAACAGGGCUUAGCUGGCUCGACGGCACCGUGUGGACCUUUUGUGAGCAUGAGAAUGUGUAUUUCUCGCACACUCUCAAACUACACUGUACCUCCAAAUGUACACUCUCACUCUGUUUUCACACUGGGGAAUAAGAAGGGGCAUUCCUUAAAUAAUUCCCCCUUUUGACACUAUACUCAAACAGCAGUGAGUUAGUGUGGAUGUGAGGUGGUAGAGUUGCAACACCACACAGAAAGGCACCUGCAAGCUUCUGUUAUCAGGUGCUCCACAAAUGCUACUCACAUUGCACUUUUCUGUGUUCACCCCAUUUGUUUUAAAGAGUUUUAUCAAGUGAACACAAGCCCAUAUCAAAAGCAGCUCACCUCUCCUCCAUAAAAUGGAUAAGCUGACAUCCAGUGAGCAAAGUCAUAUUGAGGUGCACAUAGAAAUACAACAUUGUUGAUUUAAAUCUUGCAGUUUUUCAGAGGUUAUUAAGAAAAGUGUCUUCACAUCUCCCAUUUUAUUCAGCGCCAAUGUGAUUAUGGUAGGUAUAGAUUAUAAAGCUUGAAUAAGUUUCCUCUUUGUCUCUCUGGUAAUGAUUUCAAGUGCUCUGUUUCUUUAAAUUUUUUUUCUUUUUUGUCCCCUCUGAUUACAUAACGAAGGAAACUAGGGCCUCAAUAUGAUGUCUGGAAAUCCAUGUCUAUUAACUUUCCUUAUCAACCGGUAAUGUUUGAUUGGAAUCAGCAGUGCAGAAAUAUGUUGCGUUGAUUGUGUGUGAAUGUUGGGAUUUCCUUGUAGGUACAUGCAACUAGAAUCUGUUAAAUAGCCAAUUAGACUGUAGUUCAUGUAGAGACAAUAUAGCUGCCUAACCAUUUCAUAUUUUGAAUAUGAAUUGCCUCUGUGUUUAAAUCCAUUUCAGUCAGCUGAACAUUUAACUGGUUCAAACAAACUCUACUUUCAAGUGUCAUGUUAGCGGCAUUCAUUUAGUCCAGGGGUCCUUAACCUUUCCCACCCCAAGGUCCACCUAUUCAUCAUUAUAAUAUGCCAAAAAAUAUUUCUCACAAGCUCUUUUGGCAAAUCUAUUCUUUUGUUUAUUAAACAAGUGAUGACACUGAUACCAGGUUUUCUUAUAAAUUGAAAUGCUAGGUCAUAAAAUCAGACUUGUCCAUAAAUGUAUAAAAAAGGAUCUUGAAAUAGAAAUAAUUAAAACAAACAAACAAACAGGCCAUUAUCUACAAAAGACGACAGAUCCAGAUUCAUGAACCAGGUCUUAGAUCCACAAAAACAGGUUAUCCCAACAACAUCCCAAGUUAUUGCCUUUGAUUUUCAAAAUUGCUACCAUGCCUCCUUGAAUGGCACCUGGCAGGGUGAAAAAAACAACAAAAUGAGAGGGAUUCACUGCCCUGACUGACAGGGACAGGAAACGAUCAAAGCCACACAUCACUUAUCUUCACCAUGGAUGAAGUGGUGAACAUCAGAUUGUUGAAAACACAUCAUCGAAGGCCAAGUCAGAUGUAUUGGAAAAAUUUAGUGUUGUGACAGCGGCUUCGCCAUUAAACCAAACUGAUGUUGGUUGAGAAACCCCAAUUUUGUCUGUUCACUGGUGUAACACUACAUUAGAACAAGAACACAAGAGUACAACAUUAAAUUUCACAGGAUCCAUAUCGCUGGUAUAAGAAUCUUUAUCAACGAAAAUGAAUAAGCACUUUUCACUGUGGGUAACCAUAGAAGAAUACAUAUCUCUGUGUUGAUGUUGAAAAGAUUUCACUCUGUAUUUUAAUUUACCUUGUCCUUUGGUGCUCUCCCAUAGCAACACAUACUGUAUCCUUGGUGACCAUUUUCAGUGACAUGUCUCAGUGAUCGUACAAAGUAUAAAAUCUGCACCAAAUCACUGAGCCAUUCGGUAAUUGCCACCUAAUACAUCAAUAUCCAGGCAAAUGGUGAUCUCUAUAGCGUACAUUGCAGUAGUUCUGAAGUCUCCAUCAGUCACUUUGUAGUAGUUCAGAUGUUUCCAAUAGGACUACCUGGGGUUCUGGCUGGACUGGUGGUUGUGAGGUGUCCAGUGUGGCUUCAGCUGACAGAUGGUAAUGGAUCAUUGAUACAGACAGGGCUGGUUCCUGUAGCACACCACUGUGCAGUCAGCCUCUGCCACACUGGCCCCAUCGCAACCACAGGCGCAGCAGAGCUCAGAAAUAGCCCUUGCAUACAGUGUUGAACAGAUGUGGGCAAGCUGAUCUGGGAUCAGCUCAUGAGGGUACUGUCAGUCAUUUGCCUUUAAUUGACUGAACAAGGGAAAAGAGUCCCCUGACCUGUGCACUACAUGUCUAAGGUGAUAAGAGUUUUGAAAACCAGUUAGUAUUUUUUGUAAUUACUGUUAGGAAUGUAGAAUUCAAGACUGGAGGUAUUGUAUCUACCAUCUAGUCAUUUGUGUUAAUAUUUUGUGAUAAGAGACUGAUAUUGUAAAAUGAAGAGUAAUUGUACUAAUCUGAAUAUUAAGUUCUCUGUAGAGUAUAGUUCACAUCUGAAAUUUGACUGAAUGACCCUAAGGAUUUAUUGUCAUUUCACCUUUUAAUUCAAAUUGAAGAAAGAUGGAAGUUAAUUCUGACAUCCUCAGUUUGGCUGUAGACUUAACGUUUUAUAUUUACAAAAAUGGGCUAAACACACUGAAAAUCACUAUCACUUUUAUAGAGUCCUUGAUGCUAGCACAUUAUUAACUUUGGUUCACUUAAAAGUCCACAGGUCAAAAAACAUCUGGCAGUGCCUCUGAUAGACAGUCCUAGAGGGUCUGAUACUGUAUAUGCACUGGAGAAGAGUGUGAUUCUCAUAGAAUAACACUCAAAACAGAGUAUUAGGCCAAUAGAGUGAGAGAGAUCCAUAAUGAUAACAGAGAUAAAAAAUGAAUAUGAACUGGGGAAUUAUAAAGGGUUUGUGAGAUUGUUCAGAAGUCAAUAAAUGAUUGUUUUGUUUUUUUGUUUUUUAGCUUUGUUUUUGUGCACAGAGUAGUACUUAUAAUCAUACAUAAGUAAGGCACUUCACAGAGUGGAGGGUGGUUCUUUACCUCCAUGUUGUGCCUUAAUAUUUUCUCAUUGAUUAUCCCACUUAUACCAUGGUCAUUUGCUGCGUCCCAUUCUUCAAAAUUGUUGUAUUCCCCAAAGAGAUUGAAACAAAUGUUAAAAUCAGUUGGUAUGUUUUCCCUCCCGGUCAUUAGUUUAUCAAGUCGAUAACUCAGCUGUGCUUAAUGCAGUUGUUAAUGAGAAUGCUUUGAUAGCUGUGUGACUUAAAGGAAUACUCCAAAGUACCCUUUUUCUGACUUACCCCAACUUAGACAUGAUGUUGGAUACCAUUUUCACCUCUGUAGUGCCAGUGGCUCGGUUCCUAUGGCUAGCAUUUGGUGGUAGCCUAGCAUAAAGACUUGACAUCUAUUUGAGAUUUGAGUGCAUGGUUUUAAUGCACACCUGCUGGCCAAUCAGAACAAAGUCUUCACCUAGACCAUGGUAUAAAUGUUUGUAGUGCAUUUUUGAUUUGUGGUUGUCAUGGGUACAGUUUGAUAAUCACUGAAUCUCUCUUGUCACAAAGCAACAGGCUUCGUUUUGAUGUACUCCUUGGGUUCCCUUGUUGCCUAACCUCUUCAUACCAUUUACUUUUCAGCAGUCAUAAACUCAUUUGUUCUCGUAUUGUGCGCAUCAACACAAACAGUCCCAUAAAGCACAUACAUAAAUUCAGACUGACAGAGGUCGUGUGCACUUUUAAUUGUAUCAAGGGUGUGACAGUUUCUUAUACCAGAAUGGGCACACCUGGAAUGGAUAUUAUUGCAGCAAGGCAUUUUAUUUUUGCUAUAUUGAAAGUUAUCAUUGUACAGUUAAUACUUUACCGUCACGCACAAUAUUGAUAUUUGAAAGAACACAGAUCACUGUUGAAGUGUGGUGAAGAAAUUGUAUAAAUGGUAAGUUAAUCUGUGAUUCCUUUCUCAGCGAUCAACUUGAGAAUUACUAGAGAUUUACUUUAAUAUAUUGUGUUUGAGAUAGAUGCUUUUAUAUUUGAAUAUACAUGUUAUAUUUUGAAUGAUAAUGGAGAGCUCAUCGUACAUUUCAUCAAUAUAUUUCCAAAUAACGUGACCUCAGUACCUGAUGGUAACUUGCCUAGUGAAGUUGCCCCAGUGAGGGCCUGUACAGUAUCGGAUAGCUGUAGCAAUAAUGCAGUGAGGCGUAGAGGAUUUAUUAGUUCAUGGCUCCUGUUGCUUCAAAUAGAACAGUUGUCUGCCUCAUGCAGUAAGGGAAUAAACCAACCAAAGUGUAUGUGGAGAGUGUACUGUAGACUUAAAAAAAAACUCUUCAACUGCCUUCCCUAUCUAAGAGGUUU